CAAAAAUGAAUAGUAUAUUGAAGAAGAGACGAAAGCAAAACUAAAUCUUCCAAAUAUGAAAUCAAAAUACUUUUAAUUGAUAAUGCCAACUCUUUCUUCACUCUCCAAAUCACAUCAUUGAACAAAAACUUACUACAUUUUCCUUCACUUUCCCGGGAAAAUCUUUCCAUCUUUCAUUUCUUCUUUUCCCGGAUGGUUCUGUCCCGCAACUCAUCGUCUCAACCGGAGAUCGACGAUGCCGGCGGUGGCAGCGACGUUGGAUUCUCCUCGAUCCGUGGCCGAUUUCCUUUCAAAAGGAACCCUAACCUCAACCGUGACCGACACAGAUCUUCUUCCGAUCGCCAAUUACCUAGGUCCGCUAAUAGUAGCCGAUCUCACCUCCACAAUCGUUUCACUCGUAAAGGCUUUCUCUCUCUAUUCCCUUUCUUCAAAGGCAAGUCCGGAUUAUACGCCUUGAUCUUCGUUGUUGUCUUCCUCUUUGCACUCGCUUCUAUGGUGAUGCAGAACUCCAUUACUUCUGUCUUCCGUCAGCGCAAUGAGGGUUCGAGGUAUCUCCGUGAAGGUCUCAAGUUCGGUAGUACGAUUAAGUUCGUUCCUGGAAAGGUUUCACAGAAGUUUCUCUCCGGUGAUGGACUCGAUCGGCUUCGUUCACAGCCUAGGAUUGGUGUUCGUUCACCAAGGAUAGCUCUAAUAUUAGGGCACAUGUCAGUAGAUCCCCAGUCAUUGAUGUUGGUUACUGUAAUUCAGAAUCUACAGAAGUUGGGUUAUGUUUUUAAGAUUUUUGUAGUAGGGCAUAGGAAAGCUCGCUCAAUAUGGGAAAACGUAGGUGGUGGUCUUUCUUCUUUGAGUACAGAACAGCAAGGCCAGAUUGAUUGGUCAACGUAUNNNNGUAUCAUUGUUGACUCCCUAGAAGCAAAGGAAGCCAUUUCAAGCCUUAUGCAGGAGCCUUUUUGUUCAAUACCAUUGAUAUGGAUUAUUCAAGAAGAUAGCCUUUCAAGUCGUCUUCCAGUUUACGAACAAAUGGGUUGGCAGCAUCUAGUUUCUCACUGGAGAAGUGCUUUUAGCAGAGCCAGUGUCAUUGUCUUUCCAGAUUUUACUUAUCCGAUGUUAUAUAGUGAGCUUGACACUGGAAACUUCUUUGUGAUUCCUGGAUCGCCAGUAGAUGUGUGGGCUGCAGAGAGCUAUCGUAAGACCCACUCAAAGGAUCAGCUCAGAGAACUUAGUGGAUUUGGUAAAAAUGAUAUGGUGGUUCUAGUUGUUGGGAGCUCAAUUUUCUAUGAUGACCUAUCUUGGGAAUAUGCUGUUGCAAUGCAUUCCAUAGGGCCUCUGCUGACAAAAUAUGCAAGGAGAAGUGAUGCAGCUGAGUCAUUCAAGUUUGUUUUCUUGUGUGGCAAUUCAACUGAUGGUUAUGAUGAUGCUUUACAGGAAGUUGCUUCACGUUUGGGACUUCCUCAUGGUUCUAUAAGGCAUUAUGGCUUGGAUGGUGAUGUGAAUAGUGUGCUACUGAUGGCUGAUAUUGUCCUAUAUGGUUCUGCUCAAGAUGUACAGGGUUUUCCUCCAUUAUUAAUCAGAGCAAUGACUUUUGAAAUCCCAGUCAUUGCACCUGAUUUUCCUGUCUUAAGAAAAUAUAUUGUGGAUGGAGUUCAUGGGGUUUUUUAUUCUAAACACAAUCCUGAAGCUUUGCUGAAUGCUUUUUCGCUUUUGCUUUCAAGUGGAAGACUUUCUAAAUUUGCUCAAGCUAUUGGAUCAUCUGGAAGACAGUUUGCUAAAAAUGUGCUUGCUUUGGAGUGCAUAACUGGCUAUGCAAGACUUCUGGAGAAUGUACUAACUUUUCCUUCAGAUUCUUUACUGCCUGGUCCUGUUUCUCAAAUUCAACAGGGAGCAUGGGGAUGGAGUUUGAUGCAGAUAGAUAUUGACAUGAAAAAAAUAGAUGAAGAUUUUUCCAAGGGAAGAGUUACUGUUGUCCAUGCUGUUGAGCAGGAGUUGGCUGGUCUUAAUUAUUCAACGAACAUCUUUGAGAAUGGAACAGAGGUUCCAAUGCAAGACGAACUAACCAAAUUGGAUUGGGACAUUCUGAGAGAAAUUGAAAUAGCUGAUGAAAGUGAAAUGCUUGAAAUGGAAGAGGUUGAAGAGAGGAUGGAGAAAGAUGUUGGUGUUUGGGAUGAGAUAUAUCGUAAUGCCAGGAAAUCUGAGAAACUGAAGUUUGAAGCCAAUGAGCGGGAUGAAGGGGAGCUUGAGAGAACAGGACAACCUGUGUGCAUUUAUGAGAUAUACAGUGGUACUGGGGUGUGGCCAUUUUUGCAUCAUGGCUCUUUAUAUCGUGGGUUAAGCCUUUCUAGAAAAUCGCAAAGACAAAGCUCUGAUGACGUGGAUGCUGUUGGCCGUUUGCCUCUUCUGAAUGACACAUACUACCGGGACAUUCUCUGUGAGAUAGGAGGAAUGUUUGCAAUUGCAAAUAGGGUGGAUGGCAUUCACAGGAGGCCUUGGGUUGGGUUUCAGUCAUGGCGUGCUGCUGGUAGGAAGGUAGCACUGUCAAUGGAAGCUGAAAGGGCUUUGGAAGAGACAAUGAACGAGAGUUUUAGAGGAGAUGUAAUAUAUUUUUGGGGACGCUUGGACCUGGAUGGAAGUGUCAUAGGAAGCAACAAUGCACUUACUUUUUGGUCAAUGUGUGAUAUCUUAAAUGGAGGCAACUGCAGGAAUGUUUUUCAAGAUAGCUUCCGCCAGAUGUAUGCAUUGCCUCCCCAUGCUGAAGCACUACCCCCUAUGCCUGAAGAUGGUGGUUAUUGGUCAGCGCUGCACAGUUGGGUGAUGCCAACCCCUUCUUUCCUGGAGUUCAUAAUGUUCUCUCGGAUGUUUGUUGAUUCCAUUGAUGCUUUGCACAGAGAUUCCAGUAAACACAGCGUAUGCUUGUUAGGCUCUUCAGAGAUUGAGGAAAAACACUGUUACUGUCGAGUGUUGGAACUUCUUAUCAAUGUUUGGGCUUAUCAUAGUGCACGAAAGAUGGUGUAUAUAAAUCCUGAUACUGGUUCUAUGGAAGAGCAGCACGUAGUUGAUCAACGGAAAGGUUUCAUGUGGGCACAAUAUUUCAACUUUACAUUGUUGAAAAGUAUGGAUGAAGAUCUGGCUGAAGCUGCUGAUGAUGGUGACCAUCCAAGGGAAAAUUGGUUGUGGCCAAUGACAGGAGAGGUGCAUUGGCAAGGGAUUUACGAAAGGGAGAGGGAGGAAAGGUACAGAAUAAAAAUGGAUAAAAAAAGAAAAACCAAAGAGAAAUUAUACGAAAGGAUGAAAUAUGGUUACAAGCAGAAAUCACUUGGACUAUAAGAAAGCUUAGACUUGAAUGAAAUUUACAAAAACAAACACUUCUGGACCCAAUUUUGCUUCUUUCGGGAAAAUUAACAAGCGAAUUGGAGCAGCUUUGAUCCUAAGUCCUAACAACAUUGCCAAAUUGGUACAGAUCAUAGAGACAGUAUUUUCUGUUUCUUUCUUCGUUAACUGAAUACGUAUAUACUCAAGCUCCUGUCUCAGAAAAGCUUGAGACAGAGAGCAAAGGAAAUGAAUUUGACAUCUUCUGCUGUUCACUAGUUUCACGACUUUUUUUCAUGGUCAAUUAAGCAGCAUGGAAGAUGCAAGUACUUCCGCUUCAAAGUGUACUCAAUAGUCUAUAGAAAUCAUUCAUCAAAUUACAUUUGAUUUAGCUCAAAUUUGUAUUCUUUCAUUUUUGUAUAUUCGGUAAACAUUAGUGGCAAUUUUGAGUAGAAUAAUAGCUGAUUUUUGCUCGAGUAGUUUCAUUAUUUUCAUUUUUAUUAUUGUUGUAUUAUUAUUAUUGUCAAUCGUCCGUGUUGUAAUGUUGAGUUUCAUAUUCACUUGAAAGUGAAAGAAGAAUUUUGAGUGAAUAAUAUUAGCAAUACACUUUUUAGUA